AUGGAAAAGUUUAAUGUAGAUUUAAAUGAUUUGUUAGAAAAAAAAGGUUCAAAUACUUCAUUUUUGAAAAAGCUUAAAUAUGAUCAACUAAUUUCGCAUAUAAUUCAACUAAAGAAUAAUUCAAAAAAAAAGGAACCGAAUGAUUAUAACCUUUUAAAAAAAUACGACGUGUUAAACGUUGCUAAUGUUAACAAGUUAAUUGUACCUGUAUCUGAAUAA